ACAAGAAAUUUCAUAGAGAGAAAUGGCAGCUUAGUUUAUCCCUAUGACUUAUCAAGAACCCUAUCCCCAACUAUCCAGACACACGGCAGAAAGAUCCAUUGGGAACUGAGAAACAACAAGAAAUUUCUUGGGAAAACAUGGAAGGGAUUUGUUCUCUGAAUUUAAACACGAAUAUAUUAUUGAGGUCUCCUCGCCACGAAUGCCUUCUCAAUCAAGGAAAAGUAUAAUCGGAAGAAGAUAAGGCUGGAGGAGGUGGUCUUUAGAGCCUUCUUCCAUUUAUCCUCUCUUCCUCUUCUUGUUCUUCAUCAUUCACCAUUUGAAUUUUGAAUCCAGAAGAGGAAGAGGAAGAGGAAGAGGCGGCAGAAGAACCAACAGAAAAAGCGCAUUUUUUUGGUUCUUUUCGGGGGCAGAAAUGGCGAGGCUGUCGAUCGGGAUCCUGGGGUUGACGGAGCUCUUCGUCAGCGCGGCGGUACACCUGCUUUUCGGGCUGUACAUCUUCAGCUCCGCGCUGGCUUCCGACAUUUCCCAGGCGGUAACCGACUGCUUUCGGCCCAAUGUCUUCAACCUCGGCGCCGGGAAGAGGGUUACGGAAGGAAAGACGCAGCCUCCGGUGGUGCUCGAGGGCUCGCCGCCUCCGAUCGUGUUGGUGCACGGUAUCUUUGGAUUCGGAAAAGGGCGGCUUGGCGGCUUGUCCUACUUCGCCGGGGCGGAGAAGAAGGAUGAGCGUGUUCUGGUCCCGGAUUUGGGAUCCCUAACCAGCAUCCAUGACAGGGCAAGGGAACUGUUCUACUACUUGAAGGGAGGGCAAGUUGACUACGGGGAGGAGCAUAGCAGGAUCUGUGGACAUUCACAACUUGGGAAGAUUUAUGAACAAGGGCACUAUCCUUCAUGGGAUGAACACCAUCCUCUCCAUUUUGUUGGCCAUUCAGCAGGUGUUCAGGUCGUUAGGGUCAUGCAGCAGAUGCUUGCUGACAAGGCAUUCAGUGGCUAUGACACUUCCGAGGACUGGGUUUUGAGUCUCACUUCUUUAUCCGGCGCACUGAAUGGAACGACUAGAGCCUACUUCGAUGGAAUGCAGCCAGAGGAUGGGAGGUCUAUGAGACCCAUAUCACUGCUCCAGAUUUGUCGCCUGGGUAUUAUCAUCUACGAUUGGCUGGAAAUUUCAUGGCUUAAGAACUACUACAACUUUGGAUUCGAUCAUUUUCGUAUGGGAUGGAGGAAUACCGGCAUCUCAGGUCUUGUUGAUCUGCUUUUAGGAAACACUGGGCCUUUUGCUUCAGGCGAUUGGAUCCUACCCGACCUCACAAUUCAAGGCUCUAUCCAGCUUAAUUCAGGACUUCAAACCUUCCCCAACACGUUCUACUUCAGCUAUGCGACUAAGAGAACAAGAAGGGUGUUUGGGUUCACAAUUCCCUCCAGUGUUUUGGGUAUCCACCCGAUGUUAUUUCUUCGAGUCUUGCAGAUGUGCCAAUACCAAUUCCCUCGCAAUGCUCUUCUACCUUACAAAGGCUACCGGGAUGAAGAUUGGGAAGACAAUGAUGGAGCUAUAAAUACGAUAUCCAUGACUCAUCCUCGCAUGCCUAUUGAACACCCGAACAAAUUUGUUGCAGACGACUCAAAAUGCCAUCCUCUACAACCAGGAAUAUGGUACUACAGGAUGCUCGAAGCCGAUCACAUCUUUUUCAUUGUGAAUCGGGACCGAGCAGGGGUACAGUUUGAUCUGUUAUAUGAUGGCAUAUUUCAAAGAUGCAGAAAACACAUCAUUCGAAACAGCACACCAGUUUUACCCAACGAUAAAGGCCAAUGAUCGAGUAGGCGCAGUUAGCGGCAGUAAAUAGAAGCAGCUACCGCACCUCAAUGUUAUUCAAUUUUACUAGACAUGUACUUGAGCUUGGCCACUUUGGGCCAUUUCUAGACGAAUCUAGCAAAAUCAGUUGCAUUCAAACAUAUGUCUAAUAGAUUCAGUUGAAUCUAGCAAGUCAACUUUUCUCAUUUUUUAGAAUUUAGUAAACAGACCGAAUUGAUUGAGAUUCUAAUGUUAUUUCUUUUUUCAA